AUGGCGGGGUGGGCCCGGCGCUGGGGGAGCGGGCCCGGCCCCGCCAUUUGGCGCAGGGUGCGGGACGUGGCGACGGGCGGGCAGGGCUGGGGCUGCCGCGGGCGAGCCCGGGACAGGGACGGGAUCGGGAUCGGGAUCGGGACCGGCCCCGUUCCUGUCCCAGCACCGGGAAGGGGCGGGGGGCGGGGCCGCGCUGCCUGGCCCCGACGGCGACGGUCCCCGCCCGGGGGGGAACGGCCGGCGGUCCGCGGAGGAGGAGGAGGAGGGAAACCUCCCCGGGCUGCCCCGCGACGACCUCGCCAAGAGCAUGUCGGGGUCCUCCGUGUCCUCCUACCACUCCGCGCUGUGCUCGGACGGCACGGAGACCUUCAAGGACUGCCUGGAGUAUCUGGACGAGGAGGGGCCCCCGGCGAUCCCCCGCCCGGCCCCCUCGCCCGCCCGCAGCAGGCUCAGCUGUCCGGCCCGGCUAAGAAUAGCCCAGCGCCGGGGCAGGGGGGCAGGAUGGGUCCCCGCGGCGGGGACCGGCAGCCCGGGACGGCCGCGGCGGCGGGCGGGGAGCCGGCGGUGCCCCGGCAGCCCGGGGGGAUGCUCGGCGGGGCGCCCAGCGACUCGGACGAGCUGGACGGCGAGGUGCAGGCGCUGACGGCCAGGGCUUUCCGCAGCCUCUCGGGGCUCCCCGGAGCCCGCCUCGACAUGUGCAGCUCCCACACCUCGUCCAGCCUCUCCAACUCGCUGUCGGAGGACGGCGGGCGCCCGCGGCGGUGGCCGGCGGCCGCCGGGGAGCCCCGGGGCGCAGGGACGGCCCUCCACGGCAGGGUGGGCUGGCCCUUCCCCGCCGCCGUGGACGGGGAGCUGCUGGGGAAGGAGCAGUUCGAGUGCGUGGACGUGGAGCUGGAGAGCGGAGAGGCCAGGAAAGGCCACGGCAAGAAGAGGACGGUGCCCAAGCGCCAGAUCCUGCUGAAGAGGAAGGAGAGGAAGGAGACGGGGUUUGGCCCCCGGGGAGACGGCCCGGCGCCCCAGCCCCAGCCCCCUGCCAGGAAGGAGCCCCCCAGCAAGGGCAGGGCCAUCGGCGACGACUUCAGGCUCAACUACCAGCAGUUCAUGAAGACGGCCUCCCUGGACAGCGGCACCGACAGGACCAGGGCGGCCUCGUGCCUCGUGAAAAACGUCCUGGCCAAGAAGAUGCAGUACGAGCAACGCAUCAAGAUGGAGCAGAAGGGGCUGCGGGGCAGCUCCACCUCCUCGGGGCCGUCCUCCGCCGGCACCGACCUGCUGGUGGAUGGUCUGGAGGGCAAGUCCAGCUCACUGUCGCGCUCAGACUGCAGCUUCUCGGCCGAGGACCUGCGGGGCGGCGGGAUGCCCGUGUCCGUGGGGAACACCACCACCACCCAUCCCACCAAGGGGGUGGUGCUGAGCGAGGCGACCAGGGAGACUGUCUGCAACCUGAGGAAGACCUUCAAUGAGCUCAACCAGAGGAUGAAGUACCAGGAGGUGCUGGAGGGCCGCUGGCUGCCCAGUGCCAGUGAGGAACAGACGUCGGAGAGGAUCUGCUACCAGCGAGCGCGCGCCUUGUUCGAAGGCCAGCCCGGGGUGGGGAAGGUGCUGGAUGUUGCCCCCAGAUUUGGGAGAGCACCAAAGCCGUGGCCCAGCUUGAAGGAGCGAGCCAUCGGCCCCAGCCGCUCUCAAGCCCUCCCCUUCAAGGCCGACAGCUGGGCACUCCCCGCCACGCCACCGCGACGUCACUUCGCCCCCCGGGCACAGGAGAUGAGAAAGCUGCCGCAGAGCCGGCCGGAGGAGAAGCCACCGACAGCGCCCCGCCGGCCACCCAGCCCUGGCAUCCCGGCACCCCGGAGGUCCCCACCGGCCAUCCCCCCCAAGCCAGAGGAGAAGGGGAAGGGGCGCGUCCCGCAGCCCCGAGACGUGCGCAAGCUGGUGAAGAGCAGCUACAGCCUCAGCUUCGGGACUGCCGGCGCAUCCCGUGGCACUACGGCACCGGCGAGGAGCGGGGACCCGCUCCCGGCCACCCCGCUGGUCAUCCACUGCACCUCCGUGCGCCGCCGGGAGCCCGCGGCCGAGCCGGGAGGGGAGGAGGUGCCGGCAGCCGCCGGCCAAGAGCCGGCCCCGGUGUGUGCCGAGGGGCCCACAAAGCCCCCAGGCAGCCAGCCCUCGCCCACCCACAGCUCCCCCAUCAACAUCACGAGGGUCCAGGCCACGCGCAGGGAAGCGGCCACCGUGGAGGAUCCGCCGGUGUCCCCCCCGCGCCGGGAGCGGAGUGAGCUCAGGGUGCCACCGCGGGCGCCGGUGGCCGAGGGGGUGCCGCACGUGGAGACCCACCUGCACGUCCUGGUGGGUCGGCCGUCCCCGGUGGCCAGGGAGGGCUCCCCGGCCCAGAGCAGCGCCGUGCUGCGGACAGAGAAGACCGUUCUCCUCCCUCCGUCGCCACCCGGUCCCAUGGAGGGAAAGGAGGGACGCAGCCUUGGUGGCACUGGAGGGCUCCACAUGGCCAAGGGGUGCGAGGUGACGGGGCAGUGGCUUGGCGUCAGUGACAGCGGGGACCCCCGGGCAGGACCCCCGGCCGGCGGCAGCACCCACCCCCGGCCCGCGGAACCGGCCGCGAGGAGCCUGGCAGAGCCACGGGCCGGCGAGCACAGGCAGGAGCCGCUGGGCAGCUGGAGGGUGUCAGUGGGCAGUGGCGGCUCUGCUGGUGGCACCGGCCCCUCUGCCCCUCUCCGAGCCGGGGAGAGAGGUGACGGUGCCCCCGGGCAGCUGCCAGAGUGGAGGGAGCCCUGGGAGCUCUCACCGCAGUGGCCGGGAGCCACAGAGCCACACCCGCCUGACAACUCCAACUACUUGGCAAUGCCCGAGAGAGCCCCCAAAUCCUCACCAAUGCCAAAGCUGCCCUCAGUCCCCUACCCAGGCACUGCAUCCUUUGGGACCCCCUUGGUCCCCAGCCCAGCCAGCUCAUCCUUUGGGACCCCCUUGGUUCCCAACCCAGGCAGUGCAUCCUUUGGGACCCCCUUAGUCCCCAGCCCAGCCAACACAUCUUUUGGGACCCCCUUGGUUCCCAAUCCAGCCAGCACAUCCUUUGGGACCCCUUUGAUCCCCAACCUGGCCAGCACAUCCUUUGGGACCCCUGCAGUCCCCAGCCUGUCCAGUGCAUCCUUUGGGACCUCCAAUGUGACUAACUCAUCCUUUGGCUACCCAUCUGCCUCCAGCCUGGCCAGCACAUCAUUUGGGGCUCCCUUGGUCUCCAACCACAACAAGUCUUUUGGAACCCCUUUGGUUCCCAACCUGUGCAGCACAUCCUUUGGGAACCCCUUGGUCUCCAAUCCAACCAGCGUAUCCAUUGGGUCCCCCUCGUUCCCCAAUCCAUCCAGCGCAUCUUUUGGGUCUCCCUUGGUCCCCAAUCCAUCCACCAUAUCUUUUGGGUCCCCGCUGGUCCACAAUGCACCCAGUGUAUCCUUUGGGAACCCCUUGGUGCCCAAUCCAUCCAGUGCAUCCUUUGGGAACCCUUUGAUGCCCAAUCCAUCCAGUGCAUCCUUUGGGAACCCCUUGGUGCCCAAUCCAUCCAGUGCAUCCUUUGGGAACCCCUUGGUCCCCAACCCCACCAGCUCAUCCUUUGGAUCCCCCUUGGUCACCAACCCAGUCCCAGCUUCCCUUGGGCAUCCGUCAGUCUCCAGCAUGUCCAGCUCUUUCUUUGGAUCCCCUCUGGUCCCCAACCCAGCCAGUGCUCCUCUGGGACCGGGGCUGUAUCCCCUGGCUGGUGGGGAAGCACCCUGGAGCAAACCCAGCCCUGAGCCCCCCCUGCCCCGGCCCCCCGAGGGCCCAGCCACUGCGGAGCCCCCAGCCCAGCCCCACCUGGAGGAUGGUCCCCACUUCCUAAGGAGGACUGACAUUGCCUCACCGAGUGGCAGGAGCAGGCAGAGCCCCCCCAAGCCCCUGGCCGCCCCCCUGCCCCCCCAGCGGAGGAUGCUGGUCGAUCCCAGCAGCGGGAAGUGCUACUACGUGGAGCCCCCGCGGCAGCCCCAGAUGAAAACACUCUACGACCCCGAGACUGGGCAGUACCUGGAGGUGCUCGUCCCACCAGUGGCAUCUCACACCGGGCUCUACCAGGCACCUUUCAACCCCCUGGUCGUGGCCCCGGGGGUCUAUGGCCCAUCCUACACACCCUACGGUGGCUUCCCGGGGCUCCCGGCACCGCCCCCACCCUCCGCUCCCUCCCCGCCACACCCCGACCUGCCCGCCGCCGACAACCCCGGCUCGGCCGGGACCCCCAGCUCUGCUCCCAAGGGUGAGGGGGCUUCUGCUACCGGGGGUCCCGACUGUGGGUACCUGGAGAGCCUGUACUACAUCCCCACGGGGAUGCGGGCCAGCCCCAGCCCCGCCCAGCCCCCUGCCCGCACCAGCCCCGAGAAGGGACCUCAGCUCCGGAUGUGA